CCAUCACUCGCCAGGAAGAUGAAAACCACUUUUUACCUCCUUUUUCUUUCCACCUGUUCCUUCCUUCUGCUGCAUCUGGGGGGGGUCACAUGUUCAGAAGCCGAGCAUAAGCUCUUCUCAGUCAUCUUCUCCAACUACAACCAGUACAUACGACCCGUGGAGAACGUGUCUGAGCCCGUCAUCGUCCAGUUCGAGGUGUCCAUGUCACAGCUGGUCAAAGUGGAUGAAGUCAAUCAGAUCAUGGAGACCAAUCUGUGGCUGAGACAUAUCUGGAAUGACUACAAACUCAAGUGGAAUCCGAAAGAUUUUGGAGGGGUUGAGUUUAUACGUGUGCCAUCCAACAGGAUAUGGAAGCCUGACAUUGUGCUUUAUAACAAUGCAGUCGGAGACUUCCAGGUUGACGACAAAACAAAGGCUCUUCUCCGAUACAACGGCGAAGUCACUUGGAUCCCUCCCGCCAUAUUCAAAAGCUCCUGUAAGAUCGACGUCACCUACUUCCCCUUCGACUACCAGAACUGCACCAUGAAGUUCGGUUCGUGGACCUACGACAAGGCUAAAAUCGACUUGGUGCUGAUAGGCUCCACGAUCAACCUCAAGGACUUCUGGGAAAGCGGCGAGUGGAUGAUCAUCGACGCCCCAGGCUACAAGCACGAUAUUAAGUACAACUGCUGCGAGGAGAUCUACACGGACAUCACAUACUCGUUGUACAUUCGCCGCCUGCCGUUGUUCUACACCAUCAACAUGAUCAUCCCAUGUCUUCUCAUCUCCUUCCUCACUGUGCUGGUCUUCUACUUGCCGUCGGACUGUGGAGAAAAGGUCACGCUGUGCAUUUCCGUGCUUCUCUCCUUGACCGUUUUCCUCCUCGUUAUUACUGAGACCAUACCCUCCACGUCAUUGGUCAUCCCUCUCAUCGGCGAGUACCUCCUCUUCACAAUGAUCUUUGUCACCCUCUCCAUUGUGAUCACCGUGUUUGUACUGAACGUCCACUACCGCACUCCAAAAACUCACACGAUGCCCAAUUGGGUACGUAGAGUCUUCCUCGGUCUGCUGCCCAAAAUCAUGUUCAUGACCAGACCCGAGAGAGAUCCAGAGAAGAUCAACAAUACCGUUCAGAUGAUCCAGUCAAGGCCGUGCGGUGUUCACCCUCCCCUGCAGAGACAACAUAAAGCUGAGGCUCUGGCAUCCAGCGUGGUGUCGAGUCUGACCAACCGCCAGAGGCUCCUCAACAACACGGAGCUCUCCAAUCUCAACAACUUGAGUGGAAGCCAAGCGGCCAAGCGCAGCGGGUCAGGAUCGCUGUGCUGCGAGGGUCGCUGCAACACCUGCUGGCACCAGAGAUCCGGAAAACUGCCAGCGGAUUCCGGGGGUGGAGGCGACGGAGGCCUCGGUAGCCUCGGAGUCUUAACCGGAGGUGGUGCUGCAACCGGAUCUGGGAGUCAAUGCUCCAGCUCGGAGUCCCUGGAUGUUGGAGCCAUGUCUCUGCUGCCGGUCUCCGCAGAGGUGAGGGAGGCGAUUGAGAGCAUCAAAUACAUCGCGGAGAACAUGAGACUACAGAAUGAGGCCAAAGAGGUUCAGGAUGAUUGGAAAUACGUUGCCAUGGUGAUUGAUCGCAUCUUCCUGUGGGUUUUUGUCCUAGUGUGCAUCCUUGGAACCGCUGGCCUUUUCCUCCAACCGCUUCUACUUGGGGACGACAUAUGAAUACACUG